ACCCUAAUCAUCGAAGAGCUGCCGACAGAAAUAGUGAGAAAUGGCGAAAUCAAAGAACCACACGGCCCACAACCAAUCCUACAAGGCCCACAAGAAUGGCAUCAAGAAACCCAGAAAGCACAGGCACACUUCCACCAAAGGGAUGGAUCCAAAGUUUUUGAGAAACCAGAGGUAUGCAAGAAAGCACAACAAGAAGAAUGGUGGUUCUGCAACCGAGGAAGAGUAAAUCAAUGAGAAUUGGGAUUCUUUAAAGUUAAGAUAUUGUUGAAAACUUGAAAUGGUUUUCAGAUUUUAAUGUGUUGGAAGUUUUUUUCGACCUUUUCAGUUAUUGACUGUGGGUAAGUUUCUGUGUCCAA